ACGAGGAAGCAAGCACGUGAUUAGUGUAUUUUUAAAUGUUAGUUGAAAAAUGUGUGAAGUGACUAAAAAUAAUUUCAAACAAAAGCUUCCUGAAAUAAAAAGAAGUUUACAAAAAGCAAAAUUUAUCUCAAUCGAUUUGGAAUUCAGCGCUUUACAACCUGUGAAACAUCAAGCCCCAAGGCUGUUUGAUGAUAAUAAGGCGAGAUAUACCAAACUGCGCCUAAACUUACUUAACGUAAUCCCUGUGCAAGUCGGAAUAACUGCAUUUCAUUUCGAUAAUGAGACUGGUGAUUAUUUCGGGGAGGUUUUCACGUUUUAUGUGGCCCCGGCAUGUUUUGGGGACGUAGACAAGUCGUUUUACUUCCAAGCUAGCACACUGAGCUUUUUAACCAUGUACAAGUUUGAUUUUAAUAAGUUUGCUUAUUCAGGUAUACCUUUUUUAAACACCAAGGAGGCCAAUGAUUUGAAACAAAAGUUGAAAUCGGGCGAUUUAGUUGGGGAAAAUUGCACUUUACGGCACGAAUUCGACGAGGCCUUAAAAACCUACACCCCAAUUAUCUCUAAAUGGUACAAUAGUUGCAAAACUGGCGACUUUCUGGAAAUCCCAGAUGUGUACAACACAUUUGGGCAUUUCUACGAAUUGCCGUAUUUUAUCCACAAGCAGUUGCGAAAGCGUUUCAAAAACUUGUGGACGUACGAACAGAACGGCAUUUUUUGUGUUAAAAAAGUCUCAGAUGGUGAUUUUAAUGACUUGGUAAAGCGGUGCCCCCUUGAUGACAACAUCUUGAACGAUUUGAUAGGUUUCAAACACGUUUUUGACACUCUGACGGCUCUAAAAAAGCCGCUAAUUGGCCACAAUGUCCUCCAAGACCUGAUGAUACUGAUAAAUAAUUUCCACAAUACGUUACCAGAGUCGUACUCGCAAUACAAAGCUUUGGCCCACCAACUCUUCCCCACGAUUUUCGACACAAAAACUGUUUAUUACGAAUUGAGACCAACCAUUCCGAGGGAGAAACUUCCGGAUGACACUAGUCUAGCAGCCCUGUUUGAGUAUUUUAAGGGCGGGUUAGGGCGCCACUUGGUUUUGGACAGUACAGCAAUUGAGUGCAAUGUUGAUAAAAAAAAAUUUGAUUGUUAUCACGAAGCAGGGUGGGAUUCGUUUUGUGCCGGGUAUAUUUUUCUCAGGAUGGGUUACUUCAACCUUUCCCAGCAUUAUCCCAAGUCGAAAACGUUCGUUUUUGGGGAAGUUAUGAGCGGACUGUCGGAGUACAAAAAUCGAGUUAAUGUUAUUAGAGGGGCAGCUUCGCACAUUAAAAUCGAUGGAGAGGAUCCAACUUCCAGGAGGCCCCCUUGGUUAAUAGUCGAGUCCUUAAAAAACGAACCGCUCGACGUGAGUGAUCUCAUGUCCACACUUAGCACAUUCGGUUUUGUUGAUAUCAAAAAACUAUCACCGAGGGGAAACCGACUUUUGGUCGCUGUUGAUAACUUCAGGGCCGCACGAGAGAUUUCCAAAACUUUCAAAACAAAUCCUAAUUUUCAAGUAAAGCAAUAUAACGUCUUGAGACACUCGCCUAUGACCCAAGCCGUUCUCUUGAGUGCGGUGACCAUUUCAGGUGCUCUCGUCCUGUGGUUGACUCACACAAUUGUAAAAAAGAGAUAACAAGAAGUUUGUAGUUUAAAUAGGUUUAAUAAAGCACUUUUUUCAACCAC